AUGUCAUCUUGGAAUGAUGCUUGGGACAAAGGAAAACAAAUGGUCAGCCAACCGCUAGCAAAGUAAGUUUUUUUGUGCCAGCGAAAAAAUGACUUCCGGUGCUAAAAAGCUUUCAAUUUUUGGUGGCGAAAAAAAAUGGAUUUUUGAGUGAUUUUCAGCCGGAAAAAGUUCAUAUUUGCUCAUUUUCCAUGAAAUUUAGCUCGAAAAACUUGAAUUUUUCAUGAGAAAUUCGAUUUUUUCACCAUUUCCACGGCAAUUCUUCAUUUUUUCUUUCAGAAUGACAAGUUCUUCUCCACCCCAACAAAUGCAAAUGCAAGAAGACCCUAAUGCAACAGGAAAUCCAAUGCAAUCGCAUUCCAACAAAAUUUUGCAGGUGAUUUUCAGAGUUUUGGGCUGAAAUUUGGAAGAAUUUCUGAGUUUUGAUAGGAAUUUCGAGAUUUUCAUAAAAUUUUGAGCAAAAUGAGUGCGAAUUUUCCACGUGGCAAAAAAACGAAAAAAUCUGAGAUCUUUUCAAAUUUCGCACUGAAAAAUGCUUUUGCCACGUGGUAAUUUUUUUUCAAAUAAAAAAAAUGAAACCUGCGUCUCUAAUCUCUCUGGUUUCUCUAACUCUCUAACCUCUAGAACCCCGCAAAAUUUGAAUUUUCUAAUUUUUUCUGCAAAUCAUCUACCAUUUUUUGAAAAAUUCAAAUUUCGCACCGAAAAAUUCUUUAGCCACGUGGGAAUUUUUUCAAAAAAAAAAAAAAGAAACCUGCGUCUCUAAUCUCUCUAGCUUCUCUGGUUUCUCUAACCUCUCUAACAUCUCUAACAUCUCUACCCCCGCCAAAUUUGAAUUUUCUAAUUUUUUUCUGCAAAUCAUCUACAAUUUUUUAAAAAAUCAAAUUUCGCACCGAAAAGUGCUUGGGAAUUUUUUCAAAAAAAAAAAAAAUGAAACCCGCGUCUCUAACAUCUCUAACCUCUCUAGCUUCUCUGGUAUAUCUGGUAUCUCUAACCUCUCUAACCUUUCUAGCUUCUCUAACCUCUCUAACCCCGCCAAAUUUGAAAUUUCUAAUUUUUUCUGCAAAUCAUCUACCAUUUUUUGAAAAAAUCAAAUUUCGCACCGAAAAAUUCUUUUGCCACGUGGGAAUUUUUUCAAAAAAAAAAAAAGAAAACCUGCGUCUCUAACCUUUCUAGCUUCUCUGGCCUCUCUAAGUUCUCUAGCUUCUGUAGCCUCUCUAGCUUCUCUAACUUCACUAACCUCUCUGCCUUUCUCCAGGUAAUGGAAUCCACGUGGAUCGGAAAAUGUCGAAAACGUUGGAUUUUGGCAAUCCUUGCCAACAUGGGUUUCAUGAUCUCAUUCGGAAUUCGUUGCAAUUUCGGUGCCGCCAAAACACACAUGUUCAAAAACUACACAGAUCCUUGGGGUAAAAUGCAUAUGCACGAUUUCAAUUGGACAAUCGAAGAAGUGAGUGUAAUGGAAUCCUCAUAUUUCUAUGGAUAUUUGGUGACUCAAAUCCCCGCCGGUUUUCUUGCCGCCAAAUUUCCGCCCAACAAAUUGUUCGGUUUUGGAAUUGGUGUCGGCGCAUUCUUGAAUAUCAUUCUUCCUUAUGGUUUCAAAUCGAAAAAUGAUUUUCUGGUUGCUUUCAUCCAGAUUUGUCAGGGUCUUGUGCAAGGUGUUUGUUAUCCGGCGAUGCACGGUGUUUGGAGAUAUUGGGCACCGCCGAUGGAAAGAUCGAAAUUGGCUACGACUGCGUUUACUGGAAGUUAUGCGGGAGCUGUGUUGGGAUUGCCGUUGAGCGCGUUUUUGGUUUCGUAUGUUUCGUGGGCUGCACCGUUUUAUCUUUAUGGUAAGGAGAGAUUUGGGAGCGGGAAAAGUACAGUAAUCGAACUGCAAAAAUUUAGAGAAAAUUUUUGAAUCAAUUCAUUUUUUUGUUGAGAAUCUACAGUAAUCGGACUGCAAAAAAAUUAAAUUUAGUGAUCUACAGUACUCAAACUGCAAAAAUCUUGGCGAAAUUUCUGGAACCAACUCUUUUUUCUUUGACAAUCUACAGUAAUCGAACUGCAAAAAAACAUAGCAGUUUAGGGAUCUACAGUAAUCAAACUGAAAAAAUCUAGGGAAACAUUUUAAAAUAAAUUUUUCAAAAUUAUCUACAGUAUUCGAACUGCAAAAUCUAGGGAAAAUUUUUGAAACAACUAUUUUCUGAGAACCUACAGUAAUUAAACUGCAAAAAUCUAAGAAAUUUUUUUGGAACCAACUCAUUUUUUCUGAGAAUCUACAGUAAUCGAACUGCAAAAAUCUAAUUGUAAGGAAAAAUUAAAAUCCAACUCUUUUUUUUUUAGAAAAUCUACAGUACUCAAAUUACAAAAAAAACAAUGAAUUUCAGCCCUACAGUACUCAAACUACAAAAAUCUAGGGAAAAUUUCGGAAACAAUUAUUUUCCUGCUGAGAUCCUACAGUAAACGAACUGCAAAAAAAAACAGCAGUUUAGAGAUCUACAGCAAUCGGACUGCAAAAAUCUAGGAAGAUCUUUUUGGAAACUUUUUUUGAGAAUUUACAGUAAUCAAACUGCAAAGUAAAAUAAUCAAACUACAAAAAAAAACUCACCAAAUUGUCGAUCUACAGUACUCCAACUGCAAAAUCUUCUUGCAGGUGUGUGUGGUGUAAUCUGGGCAAUUGUCUGGUUCUGUGUCACCUUCGAAAAACCCGCCUUCCACCCGACAAUUUCACAAGAAGAGAAAAUAUUCAUCGAAGAUGCCAUCGGUCAUGUCUCAAGCUCACAUCCUACGGUAUGUCUUCAGAAGUUUUCGCGCCAAAAAAUCAAAAUUCAAAUUUCCUCUGCAGAUUCGCUCAAUUCCUUGGCGCGCAAUUGUGACCUCAAAACCAGUUUGGGCGAUUAUUGUGGCGAAUUUUGCGAGAAGUUGGACGUUCUAUUUGUUGCUUCAGAAUCAGUUGACUUAUAUGAAAGAGGCACUUGGAAUGAAGAUUGCUGAUGUGAGUUUUUCCGCAAGCUUCCGCGUCGCGGCAAAGUUCUUCGCGGAGGCGAAAACAACGAUACUCCGCAUUUACACCUGGAAAAAUCCAAGUGAUUUUCUGAACGCAGCUAACCGCUGCGCGGAAUUUUCCGCUUCCCAACCCACCUUUCUUUUUUCAGUCCGGAAUGCUCGCCGCAAUCCCUCACUUAGUUAUGGGAGUAGUUGUAUUAUUCGGUGGCCAACUCGCCGAUUAUCUUCGCUCCAAUAAAAUCCUCUCAACAACCGCCGUCCGAAAAAUCUUCAAUUGCGGUGGAUUUGGUGGCGAAGCUCUGUUUAUGUUGGUUGUGGCUUAUUCGACAUCGGACACUUCGGCUAUGUUGGCAUUGAUUGCGGCCGUUGGAAUGAGUGGAUUUGCGAUUUCUGGUGAGUAG